GAUCGCUACCCCCUGGUGGAGGGUCUCAUGGAAGGCUACAAUGGCACCAUCUUUGCCUAUGGCAGUGGGAAAUCCUUCACCAUGCAGGGAGCUGCAGAUUCUGCCUCACAGAAAGGGAUCAUCCCCAGGGUGUUUGAACACAUCUUUGAGAGUGUGCAGGUGGGUGUGAAAGAGAUCCUGGUGAGCUCCUCCCUGGAGAUCUACAGUGAGGACACUGGAGCUGACACCAAGCAGAAGCUGGAGAGGGAGAGUGGGAGCAGGGGACGGCUCGCUGCAGUUUCCCUUCCUUUGUUCCCCGGCGGCGGUGACAGGGGUUUCCAUGGUGACACCAUUGGCGCUGGGCAGAGCAGUUUCCAGGAUGAGGGAGGGCAGGAUCACCUCAGGGCUGCCAAACUCAGCUUGGUGCAUCUGGCAGGAGGUGAGAGGCAGGCAAGGACUGGUGCCACAGGGGAGAGGCUCAAAGAGGCCACCAAAACCCACCUGUCCCUGUCUGCCCUGGGCCAUGUCACCUCAGCCCUGGUGGAUGCCAGGGGCAGACACAUUCCCUACAGACUCCAAGCUCUGACCAGGCUGCUCCAGGACUCUGGGGGCAACACCAGGACCCUGAUGGUGGCAUGUGUGUCCCCAGCUGAUGACAGCUACGAGGAAAGCCUCAGCACCCUGCACUACACAAGUUGGGCCAGGAACAUCAGGAACAAGCCCUGCAUCAACCAGGAGCCCAAGGACACCCUGCUGAGGGAGUACCAGGAGGAGAUUGAGAAGCUGAAGGCCAUUCUGGCUGAACAGAGGGCACAAGUGUCUUGGCUUCUACCUGCUGGGGCUGCUCACCUGGCAAAUCCAGCUCCCUGCCUCAAACCCCAGGUGGAUCUGGAAGCAGAGAAGCAGCUGAUCAGAGCAGAGUUCCAGGAGAGGCUGGCCCAGCUCCAGCCCAGCUACCAAGCAGAGCAGGUCCUGGAGAAGGACAUCAGCAGCCUGAGGGAUGACUUUGAUCUCAAGGUGUCUGUUCUCCAGCAUCUCCUCAGGAAGGGAGCAGCUGUGGAGGCUGUGCAGCCCAGCCCAGGUUCCCUCAGCAGCAGGGACUGGUUUUGCACUCACAUCUGUGGCAGCCACUGCAGCAAGUGCUGCCUGGCAGCAGCAGUCCCUGCUCUCAGCCCGUGCUCAUCCACAGCAGGAGCAGGGACUCUGCCUCUCCCGGAUUUAAGACUCUGUCCCAGCUUUGUCCUCUUCCCUAUUUCCCUGACUUCUUUCCCUGUCGGGACCAGCCUGACCCUGACCCAAGCCUUCCAGGGAGCAGAGGAGCAGUGGAAGUGGUUCCCGAUGAAAAGGGGUACAAAUACAGAGUAUGAGAGAAAGGGAUACAAAUACAGGCCCGAGGAUGAGCACUCCAGGCUGGUGCUGGACAGGAGCGACAGCGAAACCAUCGCCAGCAGCUACUUCUGAUCCCGAGCUAGCCAGAUCCUGCAGCUGGACCUAGGUAAUCCCCUUUGCCCCGAUAUCACCGGCACUCCUCAUUUUCCUCCUUUUCCUUGAGAAAUCAAACGGCGACCCACCCAGGCCCAAUUCUGCCUUAACCCCUUGACCUCUCGGGGGCUUCUCGCAGGACGCAGCCGCAUUUUGGGGUCCCGCACUGUCCCACCACACACACACACCGCC